ACGGCGAGCUGGUAACGACAACAGACAUGUCUCUUCCUCCCAUCCCGCAGCAUCUGCCGGGGCUCCUUCCUCACAGGUCUCCGCACAGCAAAGUCUCAGAGAAGAGAGCAUCUACCCAGCAUCCAGCGCUGGGAGACUUCAGGGGGAUCUCCAUUAGCAAGGAGGACCUGUCCAACUCCUGGCCAUCGGCGACGCUGAGGAGACUGAAGGCGAUUGCAGGGCAGCACUCAGACCCUGUCCACCCAGUGCGGCGGUUUCUGGAGCAGGUGCCCAAGGGGAUGACUCGCUCCUAUGAAAGUGUGAUACAGCCCCCACCCAGGGCCAGGAGAGAGAUGCCCAGAGACCCCCCUCACCCGGGCAAAAGACAGCCACUCAAGCAGCACACUGGCCAGCAUGAGCGCCCCGCGGCGUCCCCUAAACCACAGCAAGAGGCGCCCUUCUCCCUGCGCCUCACCCCAGAGGCCAUCCUAGUCAUCCAGAAGAGGAACCUGGAUAAGCAGCGCAGUGCCAACCCCAGGAGGAUCUUCGCCAGCGCCAGUGGACGGUGCCCGAGGAGCUGUGUGCAGAGAUCGCCUCCAGAUGUCAGGGAGCUGGUGAAGAUCUCCCUGCUGAACGAUCAGCAUCGCUACGAUGACAUGGAGUAUGAGGAGGAGUGCUUCCUCAGGGACGCGGACGAGGGGCUCCUCAGGAAGUGCACUGAGUGGCUGCAGGGGGUAGAGAUGGCCACAGGGCGCGGGGGAAACCUGCACGAGAAACUGCAGUCUCUGCCACAUCUCAACACGUUUUGACUAUGGCUCAGAGUGCUGUAAUAAUGACUCUUCUACUGCCAAGUACUGGUCACUGUGCCGGACACGGGGCAAAUGAUGUCCCCAAACCUGCCCAUGGGACCAUUGUAAAGUGUUCUCCAAGAUCUGUUGUGUGAUGUCAAAAGUUGGGUUGUUUCUUUCUGCUGGAGGCUCUGCUGCUCCCAGUAGCUUUUACAGUGGAGAGUCCUUUGUCAUGCACCUGGUUUGGUGGCAUCUGAGGGGACUUCUAUAGUAUAUAAGUAGGGGUCCGGUGCCUGGGUAUUUGGAAACCAUGUUGAUUGUGGGUGUGCUGGAUGCAGUCCUGCUGAGUGCCUAUGGGGAUUAGCAAACAGUUCCUGAUCUCUUACAGUGUGAGUGGAAUGAACAGUGCUGGGGGGGUACCUUGUUCUUAUAUAAUUCCUUUGGGUGUUAGCUCCGUAAAGGUCAGUUUACACGUCCCGAUGUUACAGCCGAUUGUGGGGAAAGAUGCGUUCCGACAGCCGGGUUCUCGCUCAGUGAAGGAGACCACUGUAUUCCUUCAGAGUAUGAGGACCAGGGAUUGCUUUUGCGAUUGCUUGUCCCCAUAUAGAAUCAUUGUUUCUAGGCAGGAGAUUGACGUUUAGACCACACAAUCUGCUGCCCAGAAACAAUAAUUGAUAUGCCUGCACGAAUGACAGGAUCAUGCGAUAAACAAGCCUUUUGCUCCUUCAUUGGGUGAUUGGCAGCACAUUUAGAUGGGCAGAUUAUCAGGAAAGAGCGUUUGCAGGAACAGAUGUUUUCUGAUUAUCUGCCCAUGUAAAUCCACCUGAAGGGUACAGCCACACGGUCAUGUUUCUGCAUGCAGUUUUGGAAGCCAAAACCAGGAGUGAAUUUAAAAUAGAGAAGUCAUGUCUGUGCUUUAUACUUCCUCUCCAUUUAUGAUCCUCUUAUUAGUUUGGCUUCCAAAACCGCAUCAGGAAACCUGACCGUGUGGCCGUACCCUGGAGGUGGCUAUACAUGAUUGGAGUAGAUUGAUGGCUGAAUAAUGAUUGAACAACAAUCUGAUGAAAGCAAUUCCAACUCAUUCACCAUGAACAGUAAGUAGCAAGGCUCUCAAUACAUAUUUGAAGGGCACUCACUGAAAACUGCUCCAAAGCUCAGCUGCGGAAAAGGAUCAUUUGAUCUGAAACGCGUUGUCUUGGAGCAGUUUUCAGUAAAUGUGCCCUUAUAUAUAUUGAGACCAUUGGUACUGUUCAUGGAUUGGGAUUGCUUUGGAAUAAAGUGAAGUUUGACUGAAGUGCUGAUAACUGUGCAUGGAUUUCUCUGCUAUGUGAAGACGCUGAGAGCGCCCGAUGCUGCUUGCUUAUAUUUCUAAUCUGGUGAAAGAGCAUGUCGUGGACACAGUCAUAAGGCGCAUAUAGACGAGUAGACGAUUGUUCCAAUUUGGGCACUAAUGAUACAUGUUGGCCGAUAAUAGUGUAGUGUAGAUGGACAGUGAUGGCCAGUUUGCAGUGUUCGCCGACGAACACAUGCGAUCUGCCAUCUUUAUUCCCAAGCCCGGUGAAGGCUAUUCUCGGAACUGCCUG